CUGACACUCAUCAAGGUACAACAAUCAUCUUUGUUUAUGAACUGGUUAUACCCUUUUCAGCUCUUCGGGAGCAGGAUAGCUGCCGACUGCGCAUUUGCUCCUAAACCCCUCCAGACUCGUCCAGAAUAGGAACGUCAGAGCUGACAUUGUUGGUCUAGCGCUCGCCCAUGCCCACGCCCGGCGCCCGCCUCAACAACGUUGCCUAUGUGCUGGACCAGCGAAGCGACACGGUGGAGUGCACAGGUGCGGAGAUGUGCCUGUCGAUCCAGACAGUGCCGUUCUGUAUGGACCUGCUGACGUAUUCGUUCCACACCGGUGAUGGAACCACCGGUAAUGCCAUGACAGGGGAGUAUACCUUGCCAGACGGGAGUAA